AUACUUAUGUAUUAACAAUUUUAAUUUUCUUUUAGUUAUUUUUCUGUAACUCACGUGUCCAGUCACAAUCGCAAUUUUUGGGAAAUCCACUGAACGUAUUUUCUAAAUAAUAUAAUCAUGUUUUUACGGAAACUCAGUACUGUUAUAAUAUUAUUUGUAAUUAGUUCUGAAACCACACUUGAAUGGAGCAAGUAAGCUUAAAAGAAAAAUAAAAAUCGUUUUGUUUGUUUAAUAUAAUUUAGGAGAGGAAUGCGAGUUCAAUGAAAGUUAAUCGAUUCAGAGGUCCGGUGAAGUACGUGAGGCUCGGAGAUUUGAAUUUAAAGCCGAUGAAGCCGAUCCUUAAGAUUUCCUUGUUACCAAAACAUACAAACAUCCACAUUACAAACGACCCAUCAAGUACCAUGAUAUAGCCCUGAUAGUAAUAGAUCGUGCGGCUAUGAUCACCAAGUUUGUACUACCAGCAUGUCUGAAUAUCAAUCUGGACACCUCAAAUAAUCGUCUUACUGUAACUGGAUGGGGAUUUCUUUCUUUCCAAGGAAAAGCAGCGGAUCAUCUACAAAAAUUAGAUCUAUUCCAUGUGAAUAACAGUGAUUGUAAGAAAGAAUAUGAUGUGAAUCAUCGUGUACUUAGUGAAGGUAUACACAAGCAGUAUCAAAUUUGCGCAGGAUAUCAAGGAAGAGACACCUGUCAAGUUAUAUCAUAAAGUGUUUUGCUGCUGCAGUCGCACAGUUAGGAAACCCGCUGAGCGUAUUUUACCAACAAAAUAAUCAUGUUUAUUCUGAAUCUCAGUGCUGUUUUAAUAUUUGUUGCAAUUUGUUCAAAAGCCACACUUGAAUGGGGAGAGAAUUGCGAAUUGGAAAAUGGAUCAAUCGGUGUUUGCAUCGAGGCAGCCAAAUGCCAACAAGCUUACAGAAGUAUUAAAUUAGGUAUAGGGAACAAACCGAAGCUUUGUGAAUACAAAGGAAAAGAUACAACUGUUUGUUGUGAUGAUGGAAAUGUCACGGAAAUUACAGGAGUUAGAAGUGUACAAGCUUGUAAGAAAUGGGGUCCAAUUUUGCAUCUUCCACCAGUUCGAAGUAUUAUCGGUGGAAGUGUUCAACCAUCAUCAACAGCCGAAUUUCCACAUAUGGCUGCAUUGGGAUACGAAGAUACCGAAAAGAACGAGACCUAUUGGGGAUGCGGAGGAAGUUUGAUCAGCCUGAAAUUCGUGUUGACGGCCGCUCAUUGUCUACAUACCAUGCAAUUUGGUCCUAUAAAGUACGUGAGGCUAGGUGAUUUGAACUUGAGAGCUACAAACGACGAUGCCGAUCCUCAAGAUUUCCUUGUUUCCAAAACGUACGGACAUCCACUUUACAGAAGUCGCGUCAAGUAUCAUGAUAUAGCUUUGAUUGAAUUGAAUCGACCUGCCGUUAUCACGAAGUUUGUACAGCCAGCUUGUUUGAACAUACAUCUAAAUACUUCGAUUAGUAGUUUUACUGCAACUGGUUGGGGAUUGCUUUCGUUCCAUGGAAAUGCAGCCGAUCAUCUGCAAAAGUCAUUUCUACGUUAUGUGAAUAAUACUGAAUGUAGAAAAUCAUAUGAUGUGAACUCUCGGCUGUUAAGCGAAGGCGUACAAGAAAAAUAUCAAAUUUGCGCAGGAUUUGAAACCAAGGACAGCUGUCAAGGAGAUUCAGGAGGACCUUUGCAAUCGCUAACAGAAUUAGGAAACUAUUAUAUUCACGGAGUCACGUCCUUCGGAAAAGCUUGUCUAUUAACAAAUAGUCCAGUAGUGUACACUCGAGUAGCCAACUAUAUAGAUUGGAUUGAACCGAUCGUUUGGCCAAAUACUAAAUAACAUUGUUUUAUAAAGAAAUAAAAUAGAUAA